AUGGCAAACCGGGAGUUUUGGGAAGCAGUGAAGCACGAGGUCAGAGAUAUGUUGGCCCCAGAGCAUGCGAGGGGGGUGGAGGUCGGCCGAAGGACCCUCGACGAAAACCUGCCAACUGAGGUGCUGGACCCCAACACUGCGCUUCCCACCGUCAUCCAGAACACUAGGAAGCCACAAACCGCGCUCCCUACGACGGAUGCGUUGAACGUUGCGCCUACUUCGGACCGCACAUCAACAAGUAGCACCAGCCAUGUCUCGACGCACACCACGCCGACUCUAACGCCAAGCGCAACGGCCACGGGGGAUGCGAGCGGCGGUGAAGCGAGUGGCGGGAUGAGCACCGCCGCUAUGGCUGGCAUCAUCAUCGGUGCUCUGGGCGGGAUUCUGAUUGUGUUUGUGUUUGUGUAUCUCAUUUUUGGCAACCGGAAGAAGAAGCUAGCGAGGCAACGGCAGCAGAUGGAGGAUGACGAGAAGAUCCAUGGGCCAUUCACCGAUAGCGCAGAGAUCCAGCCGGCGCCAAGGACCCCGAACAAGGCUCCCCGCCUCAGUUUGCGGCCUGUCACUCAGUUCCUGCCCAACUUUAACAACCAGAACCCGGAGAGACGCCAGAGCCGCGGCAUCGCCCUGGCCCUGAACCCAGUCUUCAACCCACCGCAAAGCCGUGCUACUGAUAGCGCCGGUGCCAACGGCGGUGGCAGCGCCUGGGAGCGGCCAGCGGCCUCGCGCGCAGCCGCUGCAGCCAGCUCGAGUUCUGGGUCUCAAAGCAAAAAGGCAAACCCGAAGCGUCCUGGCCUUCACGUGAACCCCUUCCACGACAACCACCGCCUGCCCGACGAACCUGUCAGUCCCAUCAGUUCCAUGGGCUCCUUUGACAAUCGCGUGGGCGUCGCGCAGACCAGCGAGCCCAUCCCCGAGCCCGUCUCACCGAUCCUAGAUAACGACGACGAAGGGGCGGCCAACGCUCGCCAAUUCCCCGCGACCACUUCCAACAUCACCCGCAAGGCCUCGAUCCGCAAGGACCUCCCGAAGCCCUUGGACCUGACGAAGCCCCCAUCACCCCUGUUCGCCGUGCCACCGAGCCCUUCAGGAACGGAGUAUUCAGUCCACUCGAUGGCCCCGGGCCAAGCUCCCGCACCAUCGGCCAGUGCGGCCGCUAUUGCAGCGGCUGGUGGGCCUUCCUCGUCGACGGUUCACCGCGUCCAGCUGGACUUCAAGCCCACGCUCCCAGACGAAAUGGUGUUGUUUGCUGGACAGCUAGUCCGGCUGUUGCACGAGUAUGACGAUGGAUGGGCCCUCUGUAUCCGCCUCGACCGCUCGCAGCAAGGCGUCGUCCCCCGCACCUGCCUCUCAACCCGUCCCGUAAAGCCCCGUCCGCCACAAGGCGCCAACAACGGCGCCAACCCGCGUGGUGGGCCGCCAAUCAACCCGUCCUUCCACCAUCAGAACGGCAAUGGCAACGGGCACGGCGGCAACACCGGCCGCCCCCGAUCCCCAGGUGGAUUCCCCGCUGUCCCGAACUCGAGAGAUGGAAAUGGCCGGCAGCCUGGGGGCCUCAGUUCCGCGGGACCAUCGCCAUCAUCACAUCACCCACAAGGGGGGUGGAGGGAUGACGCGGGGUCUGGGGGUGACGGGGAUGUGAGCCCCGCGGUCGGGCAAGCUUAUUGA